CUUCAUAAUAAUAGCCGUGCUCAUAACUGUUGUGACGGGCAAGUAAGGAGGCUCCCUCAUCAGAAGUCUUGUUGCCAGAACAUCUCUGUUGGAAAUCUUGGCCAUGACUCGCAACGUUUAGUCUUCUUCAGCCCAAAAGCUCACGAAAUUGUCACCAAAUAUGAAAAUCGUGGAGGGAAAUUUGGACAAUGCCCCAGCUCUUUUUCAGAAUGCGCGCAAAGCGACUCAAUGCGAUAUCUGAGGCGUCUACAGCGUUCAGAAGAGCUGCAAGGGAAAUCUCUCAUCGACGACUCACUGAAACAAAAUGUCCAAUUCUUUGUGUAUAGCUCUGUUGACCGGGGAGGAGAUGCUUCUUACACAACACCAACCAAGGUCCCGCAUUUCAUAAACAAGCACAACAUUGAGCAUCACCUUGUCGAAAAAAGCAAAAGCGCAGACAUGAAGUGGUUCAUUCUGCGACCGGCGGCAUUCUAUGAGAAUCUCGCCCCGGAUUUCUUUGGCAAAGUCUUUGCAACCAGCUUCAAGAUGGCGCCGAAAGGCAAACCGCUACAGAUGGUAGCGACGGACGAUAUCGGAUUUUUUGGGGCCGAGGCUUUUGCUCAUCCGGAGGCGUACCAGAACAAAAGUCUUUCUCUGGCAGGGAUGAGUUGA